AUGCAACCACUUACUGGGAAACAACUUGACUGGGCAGUCAUAUCGUGCUGCUCGGCCGCUUUCCUCCUUUUUGGCUAUGAUCAAGGUGUCAUGGGUGGCUUGGUCUCCACCCCGGAAUUUUUGAAAUCAUUCAAUCACCCUACUCCUGGAUUGCUUGGAAUUAUCGUCGCCAUCUACGAUAUCGGCUGCAUGAUCGGCUCAUUGUGUACCAUGUACAUAGGAGAUGUCCUCGGCCGACGGAAAUCAAUUGUAAUAGGAGGAGUUCUAAUCAUCAUUGGAGCAGCUUUGCAGAGUUCGGCGUUCAGCGUCGCCCACAUGAUCGUGGGUCGAAUUGUCACUGGCCUUGGGAGUGGCAUGAACACGACCACUGUGCCUAUUUUCCAGACUGAAAUGUCUCAAAGUCAUCGUCGCGGAGCGGCUGUGAUGGGAGAGAUGGCUUUCGUCAUUUUUGGAAUAGUUGUAUCGAACUGGGUAGAUUUUGGCUUCGUCUUUGGCGGGGGAGUGCAGGGUUCUGCAGUGUGGAGGGCACCACUGGCACUCCAGGCAGUAUUUCCCCUAGUCACUUUCGCCAUCUUGCCGUUCAUCCCUGAAUCCCCACGUUGGCUUGCAUCUAAAGGCCGGAACGAUGAAGUUCGGGAGAUUGUGGCUCGCCUCGAAGGAAAAGGCUAUACAGCAGAAAGUGACGUGGUAAUUUCCCACUCACGACUGAUCAUUGAAGCUGCACAGCAUGAGGCCGAAAUUGAAGCGUCCUGGAUGGACCUUUUCCGCAAUGGGGAGCUCCAAAACCUUCGUCGAAUGUUGCUAGGAGCGAUCCCCCAAUUCAUUCAACAAAUGACAGGUAUAAAUGCUGUCGUCUACUUUGGUCCGGCGAUCUUUUCCGCCUCACUCGGCCUCACGCCCCGAAUGGCUGCCAUUGUUGGCGGCUGUGGCUCCAUCUGCUUCUGGAUUGGGUCCUGCACACCUCCUUUCUUUAUUGAGAAGGUGGGUCGAAGGCCAAUCUUUUUAGUCGGUCUAAUCAGCACCGCGUUGGCUAUGACGGGCUUAACCUUCUCGGCGACCAAAGUGUCAAGUGGAUACGGAGCCCUUGCUUGCAUUCUCCUGUACCAAUUUUGCUUCGGUGCAUCAUGGGCUGGUGUUCCCUGGGUCUACGCCCCCGAGAUAAACUCUCUACGCAUGCGGAACAGAGCCGCAGCAAUUGCGUCCGCAACUGAAUGGCUCUCCGCAUUCAUUGUAGUCGUCAUCACGCCCGUGGGCGUGGCCAAUAUUGGUUGGCGAUUCUAUCUCAUCUGGCUCGUAAGCUGUGGACUUGCGUUGCCAUACAUGUAUCUUACGUGCCCGGAGACCAAAGGAGCUACCUUGGAGGAGAUGGAUCGUUACUUCGCCACCCAGAGAAGCUGGAUUGUCAUCAAUGCAAAGAACAUCAAGGAAUACAACCAAAACUACCAGGAAGACCCAAUUCAAAGGGAAAAGCAGCUACCCAGUACCCAAGAAAUCGAAGUCAGUGGCUGA